AUGACACGGAAGGCCAAUAAAAAGGUGACAAAGGACGGCGGCCAUACCCAAGGGCGUCGCAAGGUCACUCCAUGGGAUUCCGAUCGAGUAAGUGCUGGAUCUGCUUCAUCUUUAGACGUUCUUUUGGCGUGGCUCACGACACCUGGGAAUGUCAAACGCUGGCGUCAAGAGAAGCAAAUGGCGAUGUGUCGUGAGAUCAUCACGUUACUAAAGAAGAACGGCAUUUCACACCGAGAAGCAAGCGACAUACGGACAAAGAUUUGGACCUUGGAGAAGAAAUUUGUUUCUGCUGAUGCGUACUUAAGCAUGAAGGGCCAAUCGGACGCAUUCCAGCGAGGGGAAGCAGACCAAGAGGUUGUCACGGAAGUGCUCAAGUUAUGUCCAUUAUAUAGAGAGCUUGUGCCGGUUUUUGGAGGAAUUGUGACCCAGAGAAUGGUGACAGACGCAGCUACUGGGGUGACAAGUACUACUGCUUCUGCUGGUGACAAGAGUAACGAAACGAUAUCGGUGGGUCCUGCUGCUAGAGGUGGGAGCAAGAGUGUUGCGGGAAAGUGGAAGGAAAGUGUGGAGAAAGAUGCUGCUAUAGACGCAGUGCAUGAGAUUGCUUGUGAUGCGUUGGAAAACGAAAGGCGGGGUGGUGUUGCUGUCGUGAAGGAUAAGGUGAAAGAGAGUGAGAAAGAGAGGAGACAAGGCAACACUCACUUAACAGUCAGUCGCAGAUUGAAAGCAACGCAGCAGCGAAGUGAAUGUGAAGAAAGUAGCUCUGAGGAAGUAGACAGUGCAGAAGAAACGAGGGUGAGAGGAGAAGAGGAGCAAGAUGAUGAUGAUGAUGAUGAUGAUGGCAGAGAAGAGCAAAUCCAGCUAGCUCAACCCGAUGACACUGCAGAAGGUGAUGAAAACCAAGAGGAGAUAGCAGAGUUAAUCGAAGUUGACGAGGACGAGGAAGAAGAGAUAGCGGAGCUAAUUGAAGUUGACGAAGAAGACAAUGAGGAAGUUGAGGUUGACGACAAAGACAAGAAUGACGUGGAAGAAAUGGCCGAAAUUGAGGAGGAGGAAGCGGAGGAGGAACCUGAGCUAGGCGGUGCAAAGACAGAAAAGUUGGAAAGUAGCUCUAGUGAAAGCGAGAAUGAAGGUGGUGAUGACGAGGAGGAAGUCCCUCCAACACAGUUGAAGGCAGCUUCGGACCUUGAAGAAAAAUCCGACCACGACUUGAAAUGCGACGAAGGAGAAGAUGAUGAUGCUGACUUGGAAGAAGAUGCUCACCCAUUUGCCAAUUCACGACAGUCAAGUCGGAAGCGCAGCAGCUCUGAUGACUCGUUUUCUCUUCGUACAAACAAGCGAGCUAAGGAAAACAGUAAUGCUACACGAGCUCUUGAGCGUGAGGCAUUCAUCGAACGAGCAAAACAGGAACGAGAUCAGCGUGACGAGCUUUUUCAACUGGAACGUGCCAAGUUGGCAUGUGAGUUGCAAGCGAAACAAGUGCAAUUAGCAAUGGAGAAAGCUCUUGCUCGUAAGAAACUUUUGGGUGCUGGCAUCGACCCUGCUGAAGUUGAUCGCAUACUGCCUCUAUAG